AUGAGCAAAAUCCACCAAGUAGCACAGUCCGGGUUUGGAACGGGGACAAACGAGCUCUAUGAUCGCGCUCGCCCAUCCUACCAACAAUUUGCUUUGGAUCACAUUCGAGAGUCAGUCAAAUCGAAAGAGCCAUUGAACGUUGUUGAAAUCGGCUCGGGAACUGGAAUAUUCACUCGAGCACUCCUUGCUGAUCCCAAAUGGAACCAGAAAAUAAAGCAACUCAAGGCUGUCGAACCGAGCGAGGGAAUGCGAGAGGUCUUCUCCAAGGCCGUUAAGGACGAUCGUGUGACGGUCUCCGAAGGAACCUUUGCAUCUACCCAUGCUGAGGAUACCUGGGCGGAUCUGGUGGUUAUUGCUCAGGCAUUUCAUUGGUGCCCAGAUUAUGGCACUGCAUGCCUUGAGUUCUCUCGCAUUCUCAAGCCAAACGGUUCUGUUGCCUUCAUUUGGAAUCUAGAGGAUAGAGACUCCGCGGAGUGGGUCGGCAGGAUCCGCGAUCACAUCGAGGUCCACGAACGGGGCACCCCUCAGUUUCGCCACAUGUAUUGGCGCCAAACUUUCGACACUCCCGAGUAUCAAAGUGAAUUCGAGCCGCACAAAGAACAGGCUUGGUCUUACCACCUUCAGGGAACGAAGGAGACGGUCGUUGACAGAGCCUCAAGCAAGAGUUAUAUCGCCAUUUUACCCCCUCGGAAGAAAGCUGAGGUUCAGGACGAGAUUCGCAAGAUUAUUGAUGACUCGCAUAAAACAUGGGUUGACGAGUCCAAAGGAAUUUUUGAAUACCCGUACAAGACUCAUGUCGUUGUUGCUCAUAAGAGGCAGUCGAAUCGGCAUCAUGUAUAA